CUGUUAAAAAGACUUUACUUGGAAUUAUUGUGGAUUUGUGCUGAUUUUAAAGCGAAAUUUAAAAUCACAUCAACCACAACGGACAGCAGCUGAAAACGGUUGUACGUAAGAGCGUGCAUUGUUGUUGCAUGUUUGUGCCUAGAGUAGGCAUUAAAGUGCAGGUUUUUUUCUUGUAACGCCCCGCAAACAAUUUCAAACAAGCAUAAUUGCAAUACCUCAACGUACAAACUGAAGAGAUAAGCGACCAACCGAUCAACCAACCAUCCAAGCAAUUCCGAAACGAAAGUAAUCAACAUCACCACAUGCGUCUUCUUUCGACCCCAUCAUCUUCAUUAUCAUCAUACACCACGAUGAGAGAGGACGAUAUUGAGAUAGCGAUUAAAGUCGUUAUUGUUGGCAAUGGCGGUGUAGGCAAAUCAUCAAUGAUACAACGUUACUGUAAAGGAAUUUUUACAAAAGAUUACAAAAAAACAAUUGGUGUCGAUUUCCUCGAAAGACAAAUCGAAAUCGAUGGCGAAGAUGUGCGAAUUAUGUUAUGGGACACAGCUGGUCAAGAAGAAUUCGAUGCCAUAACAAAAGCAUACUAUCGUGGGGCACAAGCUUGUGUACUCACUUUUAGUACAACAGAUCGUGCAUCAUUCGAUGCAGUUAAAGAUUGGAAACGAAAAGUGGAGAAUGAAUGCAAUGAAAUACCAACGGUUAUUGUACAAAAUAAAAUCGAUUUGAUUGAACAAUCCGUGGUCACAUCGGAAGAAGUCGAAACAUUAGCACGUAACCUUAAUUGUCGCCUCAUACGCACAUCUGUCAAAGAGGAUGUCAAUGUGGCGUCUGUAUUUCGUUACUUGGCGACAAAAUGCCAUCAGCUCAUGACGCAAGCGUACAAUACAGUGGAUCAUCCCGCUAGUGGCCAACAGCAACAUCCAACUAUAAGUGCAUUCAGUCCAACAUUCACUAAAUCAAACACCGGCACAAUUAUACUUAGACCGGCCAAAAAGAAUCCGGCACGAAAGAGAAAAAUCGUUCUUAAAAAAUGCGGUAUCUUGUGAUUUGCGUGUGGAGAAGGUGGCUGAGCAGAUUUAAAGAAUCCUAAAUUUAGUUUAAUAUAAUUAUUAACUGCAACAUAUUUAAAUUAAUUUUUCUACAUCUAAUGUUAGUAAUGAAGUCUAUUGUAGUUAUACUAAUUAGUUAUGCUGCUAACAAUUAGAAGCAAAACCAAAAACAACAACGACCACAAAGAAGAAUAAAAUACUUUUUACGAAUAAGUGAAUAGCAGAAAAAUAUUUCUAAAGCCAUUUACUAGUCUCAUUUAAAGAGAAUGGUAUUGUUUAUUAUGAUGAUGAUGAUGAUGAUGAUGAUGAACAGCAUGCAACUAGCAACAACUUGCAAUAACUCGCAGUAACUUCACUAAUAACUGCUGGUUGCUAAUGAUAAUCAUUUCUUUUAGACAAAAAGUGUGUUUUAGUUACGAAAGAACCAUUCUAAUAUAUUAUUGUAAUUUUUAGAAUAAAUUACUUACUCGUCUAGAGACAAAAUUCAUGUUGAAACCCUGUUAGUUUCCGGAGACUGAUACGUAUUUACAUAAAUAUAUUAAUAAUAAAUGUAUGGUAGCAUAUAAAAAAAUAAUUUAUUUA